AUGUCCUCGCUCUACUCACAAAGCUUCAACUUCGACAGCUUCCUUCAGAAAGGAGUUGACCCUCGUACUGGCCAGUACACCGCAACGGUUAUUGUUUAUGAAACACCUUCAGCCGCGCGCAACUGCCCUGCCUUGCAACUCUGUCUGACUUUCAACCCCCUAAACACUCAAGACGUGGGUUUCGGCAUCGGCUGGUCAUUCAAUCUGUCAUCCUACCAGCAUGCUCAAGUGUCGGCAAAAACACUAUCUCUCUCAACUGGUGAGAGCUUUCAGGUCAAGGAAACCCCUAGUUCUAUCCGCAUCACAGAUCAAAAGUUGAAGAGCUUCCAAUUCAAAAAGGUCCAAGGAGCAUCGGACCAGUAUCUGGUUGUUCACAAGUCUGGCCUGGUCGAAUUGCUCUCUAAUCAAAAUGGCGGAUUCAAUGUUUCUGUUCCAGUGAAGCUAUGGGAGCCCAACGGCCGUAUGCUCACGCUCGGCUGGGCUCGUUCUGGUCGGCAGCCUCGUCUGGAGAGCAUAUAUGACGGUGCUCAGGUCCUCCUCAAGAUCAACUAUGCUGAACACGAUGCCGACACGACAGUUGUGCGAGCUCCAGGCACCAAAGAAGAAAGCACCAUCACUGCUAGUCGCCGAAACGGCCGAUUUGCUAAAGUCCAGCUGCCACUUGAGAGCACGCCGCCCUGGAGCUUUGAGUAUGACACCAUCAAUCAAGUCACAUGUUUAAAGAAAAUUGUCAGCCCCUGUGGUCUUGAGGAGGAAGUCUCAUACAGUGACAAGGAUAGAGGACAUGCUUUACCACCCGGUGCACCACUCAAGUCAAUCCCGUACGUCACCUGCCAUGUGCUCUGGCCGGGACAGCAGCAGCCUGAAAUCAAAACCAACUACAAUUACACGGCGACUAAUUUCCUCGGAUUCGGAGCUCUCCAUAACUGGAUGGACGGCGAGGAUAACUUAUACCGUGUGCGCCAGGAUUACGAAUACUCGUGUACUGUUCAGAUGGACGGCGGAGCUGAAACCAAGUACACAUACAACAAGUUUCAUUUACUUGUUCGCCAUCAGAGGCGCCAAGGCACCAAGCAGGUUACCCAGUCAAUUGCAUACUAUAUGUAUGCUACCAGUACUUUUGAAAAUCAGCCGGCGCAAUAUCAGCUGCCCAAGAGCGUGGAAACCAUUUAUGAAGAUACUGCGACCAAAGCAUCUCGUACCGAAACUACUCACCAUGUCUUUGACGAAUGGGGCAACCCAAUUGAAGACACUCAGUCUAAUGGUGUACGCACGGGUCGUGAAUUUUACCCAUCAGUGGGUGCAACAGGAUGCCCUGCUGAUCCUCAUGGCUUCCAGCGAUACAUCAAGUGCGAGACUGUGACUCCAGCACCAAGCUCGUACCAAACUCCCAUCAGGAGCAAGCAAUACAUUUACAGUCAACACAGAACUGCGUCUACAUCUUAUACGAGCUACUUCGUAGCCGUUGAUAAGGUGCAGGCUCUUGAGGAUGGUAAAGAGUUCUCUACUUGGGAAUAUUCCUAUGUCGAUCAGCCUGACAGCCGCGAUCACGGUCGUCGUCAGCAGCAAAUUAUCAUGAUUUCGGAAAAAUGCCCUACGACGACUACUUGGAAGUACGACUAUCCUGACUCUGAUAGUAUGAGACGUACAGUUACUACUAAAAGCUACGACGGAUACACAGCCGAAGCAAUAACACACUUGUCGACGCUAUCUGGUCUUGCUUAUACCCACAAGAGUAUUGCAGGUGUUCAAACAGACUUCGAGUAUGAUAAGAUUGGCCAGCUUACCAAGAAGGUUGUAUCUCCCAAUACAUCAUAUGAAGCAAGUGAAGAGCACCGUUACAGCGUUCUGCAAGGCGACAUUGGAUAUUGCGUGAUGACAAAGGACGCCAAGGGCGUGCAGGCACGCUACAUUACAGAUGGCUUGGAGCGCAUAUGCAAGGUCGAUAAGCAGGAUGCCGAUGCCGACGGCAACGUCUCCAACAGCACUUUCCGUACCGUGCAGGAGCGCAGCUAUAACAAAAUUGGCCAAUGUGUCGCACUGGUGGACAGCGAUUGGCUGCGAACCAAAGGCGAGCCAACCGAGCAGCAGCUACGUCGAUCACUGGAGUACGAUGACUGGGGCCAGACAUGUCAAGUACAUGCAAGUGAUGGAAUUACUACUUUAUCCUCGACGGAUCCAAUUGGUCAAACACGUAUCGAAGGAAUUGAGGGUCAAUGCAAAACUGAAUUAAAGUUCAAUAACUUCGGGCUCCCGAUCGAGACUGUUAUCUACAAGAUUGACGGAUCAGUCUAUGCUACAACAGCAUAUGACUAUGACGGGUUGGGUCGCUUGGUCUUACAAAAAGAUCCCCUGAACCGAGCUACGCAGUACAAGUUGGAUUGCUUCGAUCGUGUCACUCGAACAAUUCGGCAGGACGGCCAGGCCGUCAAUACUACGUAUGCAGUCCAUAGCUCAUCCAUUUUGCCAACGUCUAUAGACACAAACAAUCAUUGCGUUGGCAAGCAGUUAUUCGACGGGUUAGGGCGGAUCACUCUACAUGAAGUUGGUGGACGAGCCACGGCCCAGUCGUUCGAAGGCUGCGCACCGGCGCCGUCGAUAACUACCACGCCAAAGGGAGACGUGCGUCGACUUUCCCACGAGCCACAACUGGACUACGCGCUCAUGGCUCUCACGAGUAAGGAUGUCGCGGAAACUAUCCAGUAUGACGCUCAAACAGUCGCACCUGUGAAGCUCAAGAACCUUUACAGUACGACAGAUCUCACGCAUUUGCCCUCCGGCUUGGUCGAUAAAGCGAGCCUUGACAUUGAGAAUGGGCCGAUGUUUUCUACCGAGUCGUUCUAUUCAAUGGCUGGCAAAAUGCAAGGGUACACCAAUCCCCAUGGAGAGAAACUCGAGAUCCAAUACAACGCCGAAGGACAACCGCGGCAAUUGACCCAGGGCCCAUUGUCCAUUACUUUUGCCUAUGACCAAGUACAACGCUUGGUAGAUAGUUGCGUACAGGAUGGGGCCAACAAUAGCUUGACCACGCAUCUCACUUAUGAUGAUUUCAGCCGUGAGAUAGGUAGGAGCGUCACAAAAGGACGCAAGCUACUUCAUCAACUCACCCAGACCUACCUUCAGACAGGCCAUCUUGCGAUGCGCCGUCUAGAAGACGGCAACGGUGAGUUGCUACGAGAAGAAACGUUCACAUACGACGUAUUGGAUCGCUUAGUGGGCUUUGAAUGUCAGGGUUGCCAAUCACCCACCGACGAGCUAGGCAACCAGAUUCGGCAGCAGUCUUUCACCUUUGGGCCCUUUCAUAAUCUGGUUGACAUUACUACUGUUUUCCACAAUGGUGAUAAGAAUGUGAAAAGAUACACAUAUGCCGAUCAAGACCCUGGACAAGUCAUAGGCAUUACAAAUUCACACCACGACUAUCCCGCCAAAAUGGAUCUCAAGUAUGACCAGAACGGUUGUUUGGUAAGAGAUGAAAAGGGAAACAAGCUCGAAUACGACUCCACGGGUCACCUCGUUACUCUACGCGAUUCGCAGUCCCGGAUCCUGAGCGAGUACCGCUAUGAUGCAUCAGGGAAAUUGGUUUGCCAGCUAGUACCGGGUGAGGACGAGUAUUAUCUCCAUUACCGUGGAAACACCCUGGUAGGCUAUACAUCGGGCAAUGAUCGCGUAAGUUUUGUUUCGGAUGGUACAUGUUACUGGGGACAAACUGUUCAGAAGGAAACGAGAAACACCCAGACUCAGUUAUGGGCGUCAGACAUGCAUGCUUCUGUCACUGCUUGGAUCAACAGUGACGAGUCCGAUUCACACUACAGCCGGCAGUACACCCCGUACGGCUACAAUGCGCAAGAUGCGGACAAAGGGCCAUCAAUCGGCUUUAAUGGCCAAUGGUGCGACCCCGUUACCGGGUGGUAUCAUCUCGGCAACGGCUACCGUGUGUAUAACCCUGUGCUGAUGCACUUUCAUUCCCCGGAUUCGUGGAGCCCGUUCCAAUCUGGUGAGAUCAAUUCUUACGGGUACUGCCUUGGUGAUCCAAUCAACAAUAUCGAUCCAAGCGGUCACUUCAGCCUCUUUGGCAUCAAGUUCACUUGGCGCGACUUGGCAAUUGCUGUUGUCGGCAUAGCAGUCGGUAUUGCAGUCGGCGUGCUCACUGGAGGUGCCGGGUUUGCAAUCGAAGCGGGACUCGGCAUAGCUUGCGGUCUGGCCUCUGAUGUCAUGACGGGCGCCGUGUAUGACCAAGCAACAGGACAUACUCCGACUUGGAAGAGCGUCGGCACUGAUGCCCUGUACUCGUUGAUUGGCGGUGUCGUUGGCGAAGGCGCGGGCAAAGUGCUCGGUGCAGCAGGCAAGUCAGCGGUCCGAGGCCUCAAGGGAAUGCGUGAGGGCGCUGGUGUGGUGAAGGGUAUGCGCGAGAGCCUUGGUGCGGUGACGGAGAUGCAGGAAAUCAGGCACGAGUUCACUGGCGAGGCCGAGCGUCUGCUUCUCGAAGGCAAGGGAGAAAGGCGAGCCGCCAAGUUGGCUGCGCAAAGCGCUAGCACGUCAGGUACGUCGACUGAAACUGUAACGAGAUACACGGUAGAUGCAACGCACGAGGCGAGAAGUUUUCGGAUAGAUGAAGCCGGACAUGCAGACGCCGCCGCAAAUUACCAACUGUUCCGACGCGCCAUUGAAGAGGAAGGAGUGCGGCCCGACGUUGCCGUGACGAGGAUGAACAGAGCACACCAUUUGAAGAAACUAGGUGAACCCAGGAGGCUCGGCAAGGAGGGCCCAAUUGUCCAGACGUGGCAAUUUCAAUUAAAUCACUUCCUGCGCGCGACGUACCAUCUUCCACUUAGGAAUCCUGGACGGAUAGUAUAUAUUGGGGACGUUGGAAUGCAUACUUGA